AUGCACGAGCAUUCCAACUUCCACCAAAGCAAGAAAAGCCAAGAAGCAAAACUGCAGAGACACAAACAAAGUUUUAAGGAACCCAGAGAAGUUCACCUGAACCAAAGCAGCCCGACCAGCGAGCUCCCCAGCUACAGUGAGAAUGGCAGUGAUGCCAGUUUACUUGUUUCUCCCCUCCUGGUGGCUGGAGUAGUGAUCGGACUUGUGCUGUUUCUGUCCUGUGUCACCAUCAUUGUUGGCAGCCUGCGGAAGGACGGGCGGCUGAGACACCCGCACCAGAGGAGAGACACUGCUUAUGCUCCAGAUGGCUUCUCUUAUGGCGGCUCUUUUGGAGAGCUGAGAUCCACUUGCAUGGAGGAGUUUCCCCCAGCUUUUGAUUUUGGUUCCUAUCUGGAUACACUUUCUCAGGUCAACAUCAUGUAUCCCGAUUCACCUCCACGGUCACAGUUACAUUCAGCAUGACGGAGUUAUCAGGCAUCAGUCCUCCUUCCCUUUCCUGGCAUCAUUACCUCUUCAAAACCUCAUAGUGUAAUCUAUGAUGACAGUGAAGUCAUUUUGACAAGAAACGAGGCAAAGAAAUGUAGACAGCAGCACAUCUCAGUGUCAGUAACCUUCUCAUGCCUGUCUGUAAGGCACCCUAAACCUUAAGGUACUAUAACUGGAUAAAACAAAUGGUUUGAAGUGAAUUCAUCACAAGUACUAGAUAUAACCAAGGAGGGCUCUCUAAGAGUUAAUAAGAGACAAAUGAUAUUCAAGAGAAGCAGUGUAACAUGUUCCUGUAGUCCAUUACUAAGUUAUGGUAACAAAGUACUUUCUGAAAGCACUUGCUUUUUUCGUCUGAAGGGAUUUUCCUUGUGACUGCUGUACAAACAUCAAACACCAGGUACUUUUUAUGUAAACAACAUCUUCUCAGAACUAAUCUCUCGAAUAAAAUGACUACCAAUGUAUUUUUUGCAAGAAGCUAGCAAGCAUUUUUGGUUUCACACCGAAAUCACGCAACUGAAAAUGCAAGAGCAUUUCGGUGUGAAACCAGAAAGAAAAAGAGUGGCAGCAUGAAGCAGGGCAGAGAACACUUCCCUUUAGCAUUACAGACACUGGCUCAUGCUGAAGCCACAGCUUUGUGCAAGUCCAAGCUUCACAGCUGUCAACGUCUCAGCUGAAAACAACAAAACUAGAUACUAUACUUAAGUGACUUGCACAUAACAGUAUAAAUUUAAUAUGAGGAAUGAUCAUUACUGACUGCUGUCGAUACAGUGGUUCUUUACAGUGGCAGCCCUCAUUACACAGAACGUGUUCCUCUUGCCCCCCCCCGGUACUGGAGCCCUUACUAGCUGAUAAGAAGGCAGCUCAUUUAUUCUGUCCCAGACUGCUCUGUUUGCAAGAAAAAAUAAAGAAAGCUCAAAGCUAUGUCAAAAGCUCGGAGUACAUUGCAGAGCAACUCAGCAGCACCUCUUAGUUCUUGACGCACACCUUGCUGCAGAAGAAGGCAGGAUCUAUUCACGUCUUCCCCCAUGUGAAACUUUGCAACUACAGGUGCAACGCUUUGAAGAGAAUAUGGAAAACUAAGUAUCCACACCAUAAACUGCUAAUGCAAUAUAACAGUUUAUCUUAAAAACAAGUUAUUUUAAUGAUUUGUAGUUGCCUCCUUGGCCAUAAAGUACUGCCAUGAGUGAGCUAAAAAGUUCUUUAACUGAAAA